AUGGGCGAUAAGGCUUUACUGAUUACUAACGAACAUGGCAAAGGACCUUUCCGACACUAUACAACAAAAGGCUCCGCUACACAAGGACCAUGGUACUGCGGAAUUAUGUUUCUGCUCUUCUGGGCAGUUCUGUUUUUCUCAAUAGUUAUUCCUCUUUUCUUUCGACUGCCUAUUGUACUACAUCCCGAGGAGGAUUCCGGAAAGGGAAAGUUCAUUGGAGAACGUGCUUACAAGACUCUGAAUGAGCUAAAUAAUAUUGGACCCAGGGUGACAGGCAGUGAUGCUAAUGAAGUCGACACCAUUAAUUUUCUACUAAAUGAAAUAGUAGACAUAAGAGCAAAUAUGCUAGAGGAAUACUUUACUUUGGAAACUGAUGUACAAAUUACCUCGGGAUCCCACAUCUACAGUUCGCUUUUGGAAAUGUACCAAGGAGUUCAAAAUGUCGUGGUCAAACUGUCCUCAAAAAACUCUACAAGCGAGUCUUACCUCUUGGUCAACAGUCACUUUGAUACUGUACUUACUUCCCCAGGAGCAAGUGAUGAUGGAUUUAUGGUUGCCACCAUGCUGGAGGUGCUUCGUGUGAUGGCCACAACUGAAAGGUACUUUGAGCAUCCCGUCGUCUUUCUCUUUAAUGGUGAUGAGGAAAUGGGCAUGCAGGCCUCUCAUGGUUUCAUAACUCAACAUCAAUGGGCUAAGAACUGCAAAGCGUUUAUUAAUCUGGAAGGUGCUGGAGGUGCUGGCCGUGAGAUUGUUUUCCAAACAGGACCUUAUCAUCCAUGGCUAACCAAUUACUACAAGAAAAGUGCUAAACAUCCAUUUGCCACAACUUUGGCUGAAGAGAUCUUCCAAUCCGGCCUAAUACCUUCUGAUACGGAUUACCGAAUUUUUGUUCAGUAUGGCGACAUUCCAGGCUUUGACUUUGCCCAGAUGAUCAAUGGUUACGUUCUUCACUCAAAGUAUGACAGAAUCGAUGUCAUUCCUCGGGGGGCUAUUCAGAAUAGCGGAGAUAAUGUUCUAGAACUUGUCUGGGCUUUAUCUAAUGCCCCUGAAAUGCGUGAUACUAAUGCGUAUAGAACAGGACAUGCAGUCUUCUUUGACUUCCUUGGAUUAUACUUUUUCAACUACACCGAAGAUACCGGAAAGAUUCUGAAUUAUAGCGCUGGUGUGGUUACGCUGCUUUUGAUCCUAGUAUCCGCGUGUCGCAUGUCAGCUUUCUCGAAUUUGUCCUGUUGCCAGGUGAUGCAACGUCUCAUUAUCCUGUCAGUUAUUCAGAUCAUUGCUCUUGUAUUCGCAAUGGGAAUUCCCUUAACUAUAGCUUACGUCAUUGAUAGUUUCGGAUUAUCCUUGAGUUAUUUUAGCUCCACAUAUCUGAUCAUCGGCUUGUACAUUUGCCCAUCGCUAUUUGGUUUAAGUCUUCCAACCAUGAUUUACUAUCAAUUACAGCAAAAUGUAAGUAAACAGAGCUUUAACUGA